AUGAUAAUUGACGGAGUCGUUAAUUUGAACGAGUUCGAGCUCUGCUUAUCAGUCGGAAGUAACAACAUUUAUCCGACUAUCAAAAAAAUUGGUCCCGAUGGAAGCAACCUAAAGACCAGCAGUAUUACGGAGUACUUAGGAGUUGAUAGGAGUUAUAGGGAGUAUAAGAGCAAGGAGGGGAAGAAGAGAGAAACGCCGUCCCAUUCUAUGCUUUUCGGUAUCAACUGUUUUCUAUCUCUAUCACCAGACCAUAUCCAAAAGAAGCAAAAAAAGAAAACAGGGCAAAAAAGGCAGAAAAAAGAAAAGAGGGCAAAAGAAACAAAAAAAAAAAGUAAAAAGAUUAAAAAAAGAAUAAUAUCCAAAAGAGAUGUCCAAAGAUAUGUAGUAAAAGUAAAUGCGGGGGAGAAGGAAGCGGAGGAGGAGGAGGAGGAGGAGGAUAACAUCGAGAGAGUCAAGUCAUCGUCACGGUCGGGUAUGUAUGUCAUAUGUCAGCGGGGGUUCUGCGGUCAAGAGUCACCGCUUGAUGGAGCUCCGGUUGAGGGCAUCGAGCAGCUCCGGCCGGGCGACCAGGGCCGCGGCAGCCUGCGAGUAGGUCACCCACUGCCUCUUCCGCUUGUGCAUCUCGGGCCACUGGCUCUCCUCGCGGUCGACGCGCACCUCGAAGAACUGGUAGAGCACGCGGGGCGCCUUGGCCGAUAUCUGGGUGGCACUGCGCAUGUCGGGGAUCUUGCCCAGGUCGGAGGUGACGGUGCAGACGACGCCGGCCUCCUCCCAGGCCUCGCGGACGGCGGCGACCUGGGCGGAGGGCUCGUCGAGUUCCCAGCCGCCCUUGGGGAGCACCCAGGCGCCGGGGCGGGCGGAUUGGAUGAGCAGGACCUUGGACUUGUCUGGGGAGAGGGGGACGACGCCUGCGACGAGGCGUUCGCCGGCGGGAGAGUAGCCUGGAGGAGAAGAAGAAGAAGAAGCUGUCAGCGUCGGUGUCCCUUUAUUAUCAUUAUCAUCAUGAUACAGUCUGAUAUCUUCCCAUCUCUUCAGAGGGACAGGCGGGACAGGCGGGCGUUGGGAGCAGAGUCGAAGAAGCAGAAGAAGCAGCCGUCGAGCGGUAGAAGAGCGGCGGAGGAGGAGGAGAAUAGCGGAGCAGAGCAGAAGAGCAGAAGACGGAGGAGGUCGAGCAGAGGUAAAGGCAGAAUAGGGACUAGCGCAGUCAACUACGUAAUAGGAAGAGCCAGCAGGCCAGCGACGGCGACAGCAGAGAAAUGCAGACUGCAGAGACAGACAGACAGGCUGCAGGACUGCAGGAGGAGAAACGACGGCGAGAGAUCGAUUUACGAUGGCUUCUUACUGGCCACAGCUCGCGUCCUCUACUUAUCUAUCGAGCUUGUCGGUCCCUUGCUGGGCCUCCCUGCUGGGCUGCUGCUGGGCUCCUCUUGCUGGGGCCCCCUGGAGCUGGCCUGCAUCUUCCCUGCUCGCUUUCACCGCCCGGGAGACGAAGGCGAGGGCGGCGGACGGAGGAGGCGAGGCGAAGACGGUGCCAGACGGGCGGAUGGACUCGACUGUGGACGGGAUGCUAGGGAUGCUCUCAGGGAUGCUCUCAGGGAUGAUGGCGUCUCUCUCGGGUGUUUUCUCUUGUCCUUUUUUUCUUUUCUUUUCUUUUCUUUUAUCGUUGCUUUUUCCUCCUCGUUGAUGGGCUUCCCCGGCGCCCUGUCACAUCCACCAAGGCCUGACAUGACAUGA